AACUCAGAUCUGUUCUCUCGUAUUUUCUUCCGCCUUUUGCCUUUUAUUGUGAAACAAAUUGAAUUUGAAUUUUUCAACUUCUCUACGAAGAUCAUGAUAUGAAAUUUUAUCUUUACGUAUUACGCAUUGAUCUGAAACUUGAUCAACAUUUUUUUUUUUUAUUUCGUUUUACGAAUAUAGUGAAAUAUUUCUCUCCAGGACUCUGCAUUGAUCAAUUGUAUUUUGGGUUCUUCAUAUGUCACUGCACGCUCUCUACUUGCCAUUCCUGUGAAAAAGAACUUUGUGUUAUUGGAUUUGGAGAAUUACAUUCAAAGAUUACUGUAGAUUGGUCCUCUGCAUCGACCUCAAAAAUUCUCUACUGCAUUGCAUAAGAAGGAAAUGAGGGAUGUUUUCUUGGUUGGGAAGAACAGCAUCUUCAUGUUUGCGACCUUUGGGCCGAUAUGCCCGUAUGAACAAGGAUGAUGAUGAUUCUUUGGGAGGUGAGGAUGAUGCACUUCUCUGGUGCAAAGAUCUUGAGAAGCAUUCUCAUGGAGAGUUCUCGUUCGCAGUGGUCCAGGCAAAUGAAGUUCUUGAGGAUCAGAGCCAAGUUGAGACUGGUCAACAUGCCACCUUUGUUGGUGUUUAUGAUGGCCAUGGGGGCCCUGACGCAUCUAGAUUCAUAUGUGACCACCUCUUUCAUAAUCUGAUCAAACUUGCUCGUGAUAAUGGAACUAUAUCUGAGGACAUUCUGAGGAACGCCUUUUCUGAAACUGAAGAUGGUUUUCUAACUCUUGUCAGAAGGGCAUAUGAACUUAAGCCAUUAAUUGCAGCUAUUGGGUCCUGUUGUCUAGUUGGAGUAAUCUGCAAAGGUACACUAUUUGUUGCAAAUCUGGGCGAUUCUCGGGCUGUACUAGGUUCUAUAAACAGAUUGAAUAAAAUUGUGGCUGAGCAGCUGACCAAGGAUCACAAUGCCAGUUUUGAGGAGGUGAGAAAGGAGCUCAGGUCUUUACAUCCAGAAGAUUCGCAUAUCGUAGUUAUGAAGCAGGGGGUCUGGCGCAUCAAAGGCAUUAUACAGGUAUCAAGAUCCAUAGGAGACGCCUACUUGAAAAGGCCAGAGUUUGCUCUUGAUCCAUCUUUUCCGCGAUUUCACCUUCAUGAACCUCUGCAUCAACCAGUGUUGAGAUCUGAUCCAUCUAUAUGCACAAGAGUUUUACAACCAAAUGACAAGUUUCUUAUUUUUGCAUCUGAUGGUCUUUGGGAAUACUUGACAAAUGAGGAUGCUGUUGAGAUAGUCCAUAACAAUCCAAGAGUGGGCAUAGCCAAGAGACUUCUAAUAUCAGCUAUAAACCAGGCCUGUAAGAAAAGACGGGUGACGUAUAAUGAGCUCAAGAAGUAUGAUAAGGGGGUGAGGAGACGUGUUCAUGAUGAUAUUACUGUUGUUGUCAUCUUCAUAGACCAUGAAAUGUUCGAAAAUAAUGCAUCUGUACCUGAAUUAUCAAUUAGAGGAUUUGUGGAUACCGUUGGACCAUCAAAUUUUAAUUUUCCUCAAGGUAUUGAUGUGAAGCAAAGUGUCCUAUCUGAAGGUUGCUCGUGAUCUUGAAUAUGGAGAAGGCCAGCUGCAGCAACUUUUGAAAAUUGUUCCUUUCUUCGAACUGAAAGUUUUGAAGCCCUCGUAAUGUUUUCGAGCAUAUUUUUUCUUGACAUCUUUCUUUCUCUUCUAUGCUAUUUUUAAUCUGCUCGUUUAGGCUCUCUGAGAUGCCGGACUUGUACACAGCCAAGUAGUUUGAUUUUUGUUCUUUUCCUUCAGUUUAAUAAACUUGUUGGGAUCACAAAUUUGAAUCUCAAGACAUCCAAUUCUUGCUGUUUCUACAGGAUCUGUGUUCUUGGCUUGCCUUGUGAUGUUUUAGGACUUA